CGGUUUCGCUUUCAUUGUUAGAUUUCCAUAGGAUAUUAUCACGAUGCGUGACGUUCUACUGCCUCUUCGCAUCAUUCUUUUAGAAUAUACGAUAUCGAAGAUUUCUGCAAUGAAUUCAACAAUCGUACUCGUAUUCCUUAUCAUACAAUUAACAAUAGCCGAUUAUAUAUCGGCUGGUUCCGGUAAAGGAAAAAUUUCCAAAAUGAAGAAUCCAUUUGUUGGUCAUUCGAAACCUAGCUUUAUAUCGUUCGAUGCUGAAGAAGCAAAUAUCGAUAUUAGUUGGGACGUAUCCAUACCUUUUAUUUCUAUUCCAUUACAACAAAAAAUUGAUGGAGAGAACGAAAAAUCGCCGAAGUUACUCAAUGUUAAUACAAAAGCGUUAACAAUUGCUGGAAUAAUAACUGGAAUUUCUUCCUUAGUUGUACCAUUAUUUUCAAAACCUAUGGCACCGCCAUUGCAAUCUCACUCGCAUUAUCGAACGGACGAUGGAAUGGAAUGGUCAACAAUGGGUAAUACAAUUAAUGAAAUGAUUUUUUCCAAUAAUUAUGUAGCCCCUUGUAUGCAACGCAUUGUUUGUUCGAUCGUAUCGGCUGCCAGUCGUACAGAUAAUCCUACGAGUACAGAAAAAAUUAUCGAUGGAUUAUCAAGUCAUAGAUGGUUCCGAGAUGCGACAAAUGGAACACUUAUCGAGGAUGCCGUUUCGGUAGGUCGAGAUAAUAAUCGUGAUUGUACGCGUGUUUAUAAAAAUUGUUUGAUAACGCCGAGACUUUUGAACAAUUUAAUGAGUCAAUUCGGAAUAAUGUGAGAUGAUUAAAAUAACGAAAAAGACAAAAGAAAUGCAAUACCAAUUGCACUAUUAGAAUUAUUUUAU